AUGGGAUCGACGCGUCCGGUGCUGGGCACGCACAAUUUCCCGACACUAGCCCCAUCAGCAAAUUCUAUCGAAUCGCAGCCUAGUCUUCAACCCUCACCGCUACCAGGCCGUCAGCCCACUGAAGAUUUGGGUCCCAUCCAAGACUUGCGACACAUUGAAAAUUUUCGACCUUCAUCAUCUCGUGGCCUGCACAGGCCAUCGCCAAACAAAGGCUUGCCUAGUCAAGGCUCUUAUCCGGAGCGAAAACUGGGGUUUGUCCCUAUAUCCGCCCCGAUUCCCCCGAUGUUUACCACGGACUCCCCGUCGAAGAAACCGCCAUUCCCGAUUUACUCGCAACCAUCGAUGCCGCAGUCAGCUCUCUUCACCACCUUUUCGAGUGCCACCUCCGAUUCCAAGGAGAACCAACGCCCCGAGGACGCUUCCCAUGGUAGCUUUGCCGACUUCCCAGAGCCAUCCUAUGAAUCGAAGCUCCCCAUGAAGCGCACACUUUUGGAAGCAGCUCCCCUCAGAGAGCGUCCUGUAAAGAAACAGAAACGCGAAGACGCUCCAACUCAUCUUCCCGAGCCACAUGAGAUGCCAACAAUUGAAGACGAUGGCUCCAAGCCUCCAUACAGCUAUGCAACCUUGAUCGGCAUGUCCAUUCUACGCGCCCCAAAUCGUCGUUUGACCCUUGCCCAGAUCUACAAAUGGAUUUCCGAUACGUUUACGUACUACAAGAAUAGUGAUGCGGGCUGGCAAAACAGCAUCCGUCACAAUCUCAGCCUUAACAAAGCCUUCAUUAAGCAAGAACGGCCGAAAGAUGAUCCUGGCAAGGGCAACUACUGGGCGAUCGAGCCUGGGAUGGAGUCUCAGUUCCUGAAGGACAAGCAAGUGCGACGCGCCACGAUGUCCAGUGUCCCCCUCCCUGCUGCGCCGCCACGCGAUCUAAUUCCGCAACCACCCAGCGGAAAUACAACGACCUGGAUAGUACCGCCGCCAACAUCCCAAGCCGUGCCGCAGGCGCUGCCGAACAAUACCGAUCUCUCGUCGGAUGCGACUCUUCCUGCGUCAGAUCCCGCUCUGCAAGAGGACUCGAACGACGAAGCCAUUCUUGCGGCUAUCCGUUCUUCGCCUCCAAUUGCACCCCCUCGAUUCACUCGCCCUGGUACACCCCCAACACCUACUCAUGCAGGUCCAACCCCAGCGCCAGCGCCACGCAAGCGGAAGUCCAUUACUGUCAAUGACAGCGGCUACUUCUCGUCUCUGGAAUCAUCAGCUCUUCGACCGAACAAAACUGGCCACAUUUUGACCUCAGACAUUGAUAUUGAGCCUCCUCGCAUCAAGCGAGGUCGUGCUGAAGAAGAGAUUGCACGCAUCCGAAGCUCCUCUCAUGACAUUAGUCCUGCACAGCCACCCGCGCGAAAGGACGCAAGUACUCUGAUCGGUUCCUCACCUCUGCGGGGCACCAAGCCUCCUCCCUCUGUCUCACCGAACACCAAUCUACGCAACCACCGACGGAAGAUCCAGCAAAUGGUCAACUCUCCAAUCAAGCACUUCGGCCUCAUGGAAGAAGAUCUGCCCUGGAGCCCUGCUUUCAAUCUUCAUGAUGAAAGCUACACGCCGCAUGAUCAUCUCCACACUUCCUUCGAUAUCUUUGCUGAUGCCGGACCGGAGCAAACUUUGCCUUCUCAACUCGGAUCGCCAGAGAAACGAUCUGUGAAACGUCAGCGGACUCCCAAUGGUAGCACUGCCUUGGCUGAUAUCACUUCUGGAACUGUGAACAGUCGCCUUGGAGCACCAAGUUUGCCUCGAUCCAAGUCCUCGUUUUUCCCCGAAUCUCCUUCGAAGUUGCCUGAUGUUGGGCGUCUUGGCGAUACCAGCCAGGACGACUUCUUCGCAUUCCAUCUCUUUGAUGAGAAUAUCGAUGGCCCCAGCGAGAUUGAUGGCAUCGACCUUUUGCAAGGCUUCCAAAAAAUUGGAGGAACUAAAGAUGAUUCGAUGAAAACCAAACCACUGCAAUCGCGCCCUCAGCUGAGCGGCCGUAGCACAACUACCUUGUUUUGA